AUAGCUGAUUUCGGUGUAUCGUGUGAAUUUGAAGGUAUUGAUGCGUUCCUUACGGGUACUGCUGGAACACCAGCGUUUAUGGCACCGGAAGCACUUGCAGGUUCGUUUGUUACAUCCUACU